AUGUAUGGCCAACAGUCGCACGAAAGUAAUGCGUUCUUCUACGACUCAAAAUUUGUUUUUCUCGUUCCAGCGUUCGCCUAAUACUUUCGCCACAGUUUAUACCAUAUUUUCGCCUGGUGCGUUAAGUAUGUCGUGUAAGACUAUACAAUUUUUUACCUCUCCAAAUUUUUUCAGUUCUAUGGAAAAAAAAAGUUUUUCAUAAUUUUUAUAUAUUGGUUUUUUUAUACAACUAAAUUAAUAGAAAUGUAUGUUAUAAAUUAAGAAAUCAAGUUGAUAAUGAUGAAUGAUUAAACAGGAAUGGACUGAUAUUAAAGCCAUCUAUUGAAGAAAUGAAUUCAACCAGUGGAAAUCACUUGAAAUUGAAGAUUAAACAAGGAUGAGAUUUGAAAAAUUAUGAAUCAAUAUAAUGGAGGAAUUCAAAUUAUAUAUUAAAAGAGAAACUGGAAAUUGAUACUAUUCAUAUUAUGUUAAACGCAAGUGUUGUCAAGGUUAGUGUUAUUCUAUAUCAUUUAUCAUUCAGAAAUUAUGUCAUUUUAAAAAUUCAAUUACUAACAUUUAUUCUUUAGGACUAAAAGAACUAAGAAGGUUGGUAUCACCGGUAAAUUUGGUGUUAGAUAUGGUUCAUCAUUAAGAAGACAAACCAAAAAAUUGGAAGUUCAACAACAUGCAAAAUAUGAUUGUUCAUUCUGUGGUAAAAGAACAGUUCAAAGAGGUGCUACAGGUAUUUGGAAAUGUAAAGCUUGUAAAAAAACUGUUGCGGGUGGUGCUUAUACCGUUUCAACAGCUGCUGCUGCUACAGUUAGAUCAACUAUACGUCGUUUAAGAGAAUUAGCUGAAGCUUAA